AGCAGCACAUGCACUGUUUAUAUUUACAUCAUAUUACAAUACACAUCACAUAGCAGUACAUGCAUGUUUUAAAGGACGUCUUCCGAGCUAUAAGCUUUUUCUUCUGUGUAACUGUUGGGCAACCCUUCGAUUCAACGCAGCUACGUGAAUUAUAUAACAUCUACAACACUCCCAGAUAUAAUAUAUCCACAUUCUUGAGGGUAUCUCCACAGUUCAAGUAAUUUACUUUACACGUGAAGCCUCUAGACAGCAAGCGAAAGAGACUAAGCUAGAAAGUGCCUUGAGAAGAUGUCUGCUAUAGUAACUAUCCUCCUGUCGGCGUUAUUUGCAGGGCUGGUCGCCAUACUUGUGACCUUCCUGAUAGAGCGGCUGGGCGGGUUGGUGGGUGGAGUGAUAGGGUCUACCCCUUCUAUAACCAUCCCCACAGUCAUAGGUAUAGCUCUCAGUAGUAAUGAGACCCAGGAUGUCUUCAAUGCCAUGACCGCCAUUCCAGUGGGGUUGCUGGUGACAGCCUCGUUUCUGUUGGUGUGGAGAUACCUUCCGCUGCCCUUGACACAGAAGCUGCACGUCGAGUCAAGGAGUGCGCUCUGGCUUACGUUGGCGACCAGUCUGUGCGUAUGGGCCGGUUUCGCAAUCAUCAGCGUUAUCAGCAUGCAGCAAGUGGGGUCUGUCGCCGGCAAGUACAUGUCCUUCCUGUGUCUGGCACUGAUGCUCCUCACCGGCUUCUUGGUCACAUACUUCCCCACACCCACCCCGCUGCACCAGCACGCACACCCCGGCCACUCGCACGCCGGUAGUAAGUCCUCCUGGCAGGUCCUGGCUACGCGGGGGCUGUUGGCAGGUACGGCUACAGGGGUGACUGUGGGUAUAUCCAUGGUCAAUGAGAUAGCUGCGGGUGUGUUGUCGUCAUUCCCCAGUAUAUCUCUGACCACGAUGGUGGCUCUGUGGCUGGCGCAUGGGCCGGAAUUGGGCCUUUCUGCGGUGGGUAGUACUAUUCUUGGGUCGGGGAGUGUAGCGUUCUUCUCGCUGGCGUUUGGGGUGUUCAUACACUGGUUCACCUUCAACAUAGCCGUGUCCUGUGUGUUGGCGUAUCUCGUGGGCCUGGCGUAUAGCGUGGCUGUAGGGCUGCUGCUGUACUACGCGGAUAAACGUAAACGCUAUAGGUCGGGUGUGCGAGUGCCGUCGGGGCGGUUUGCGCUGUUUGACGAUGUCGAGGAGUAUGUAGGGGAGUUAUCGGAUGACGAUGAAAAUGAGGUUGAGCCGAUAGUAGCGAGCUUCCCAGGCGAUGAAGACAUCAGCGAAGCUUUGCUACCUUAGAGUUUAGAGUUUAGGGUUUUAGGGUUUCAAGUUUCAGGGUCAGAGCGCAUGAUUGGAUCAGAUACGGAAUGCAUGGUGACACACCGAGACAGCAUCUCCGCAGAUAUACCUACAAACCGAUACCAAAGGUAUGAAGGUACGGGCGCCAUGUUCUCGUGAUCCUUCAGAUGGGCGUGAGUGUAGGGC